AUGCAUACUAACAGAUUAGGGGGAAUACAGUAUCCGGGGUUGGGGGCAAAUUAUCCGCUCCAUUUCAAUGCAGAAGUUGUGUUGAAGGCCACAAAUGUAGAUGGGGUAUACGAUGAUGAUCCUAGGCGUAAUCCAAAUGCCCGGCUUCAUGACACACUGACUUAUCAUGAGCAACAGCUGAAGGAAGUAGCUAUUUAUCUGAAGUAUCUUUCCGUCAAUGCAGUUGUUGUCUUCAACUUAACAAAAGCGGGGAACAUCGCAAAAGCAAUUAAGGGGGAGAGUGUCGGUACAUUGAUCGGCGGAACAUGGAAUUCAACAGUGGCAACGGCAUGA